ACACCAUAAUGUGUUGUUGGAAUCUUUAUUUCUUUGUUAUUUGGUUGUCUGUGGACACCACGGCAUAUGUAUUGCAGUACUACACUCCUGGGAUGACAUUGACUCUGCCCUGUAGAAUUGUGCCCACAGUCCAGAAUCCUACUUUCACCUGGAUUUUAGCUCAGAGAUCAACAGCAUCCUCAGUUACCAUAGUAGAUGGAGGAAAAAUAAGACAGGAUGAGCCUGAGAGAGCAAAGAGACUGGAGCUGCUUCAAAAUUCAACUCUGAAGAUACAAAAUGCACAGCCUGAGGAUGUGGGCCUCUACACUUGUCUGAUGUUUGAAAAUGACCAAGGUCAACCCAUUAAAACAACAAGUAUUUCUCUUAUCCUCCUGAGAAUUACAGCCUCGCCUGAUACUCAUCUGCACACAGAGUCCCGGCCGAUACUGACCUGCUGUCUGUCCACCUACGAAUGCACAUCUUUAAGAUAUCACCAGCUUUCAUGGACUGAUGAACAGGGAGCUCCUCUAACAAGAGACAGAUACUGGAUCUCAGCUCAACCUCAGUGCUGCCUGCAACUGUCUACAAAACUACUGAACUCUGAUCACAAGAGAAGCUGGAGAUGUGACAUCACUGUAAAUGGGAAGACUGAACGAUCUGCGAUCUACCUGUCCACACUGGAAGAUGAACACACUAUGAGUCAAGUGAUACUUAACGCUAUGAGGAUUUGUGGAAUUCUAAUUUUAGUCUCCGCUGUCAUCUGUGUUGAGAUGAAGACAAGAAAAAGCCAGGUGUGAAAGAUGGGAGGAUCUGUUUGAAAAUACGGACGACACAUCCAGGGCUUGAAUGCUCUAGAAGUAGCAUAGUAGAAAAAUUCUAUGAACAAUAAAAGCAUUGACAUACUGGGCUGUGAAACAAUGGAGGAACUGUCUUGUUAUAUAAUUAAGACUUCCCUGUCCUCUGAAGCUGGUAAUCUGAUUAAUUAGGACAUAUGACUUCUAAUGUGUAAUGAAUACUGCUUUUCUUUUUCUUUUUUUUUAUGUAGGUAAAUGAUUAUACAGUACAUCUUGUCAAUGAUUUUCAUUGUUCUUCAUAUUGUAAUCAAACUUGCACAAGGCGUUCAAACAGAUUUUGGUACAAAUAAAUAAAAAUAAGCCUUUGCAAACAA